CUCACGUCGACAACCCGUACGAUACGACACGAAGCCGCCCACCAUGUCGUCCAAGGUCAAGGCUGGUCAGCUCUGGGGAAAGAGCAAGGAUGACCUCACCAAGCAGCUGGAGGAAUUGAAGACCGAGCUGAGCCAGCUCCGUGUCCAGAAGAUCGCUGGCGGUGCCUCCUCGAAGACCCACAGAAUCCACGACGUUCGCAAGUCGAUCGCUCGCGUUCUGACCGUCAUCAACGCCAACCAGCGCGCUCAGCUCCGCUUGUUCUACAAGAACAAGAAGUACACUCCUCUUGACCUCCGCCCCAAGCUCACCCGUGCUCUCCGCCGCCGUCUCACCAAGCACGAGGCUACCCUGAAGACCGAGCGCAAGCGCAAGCAGGAGAUCCACUUCCCCCAGCGGAAGUACGCUGUUAAGGCUUAAAUGUUAAAGACGGGGUCGUCUCUGGAUCUGGAUGGAGUUAACGGGAACGUCGUUUAAUGAUGACGGGUUGACCUAACCUUGCCGUGAGGGGGGUCGGAUUCAUCAAAACGGUUUCUUUUGAAAAAAGAAAUCGAUUAUGUAUCUUAGAAAAAAAGAAAAGAUGCAGAUCGAUGUUUUUAAAUGAAGGCCUUGCUUGACAUGACAUGAGAUAAAGAUUUAUGUUAUUGGUAUCGUGGUAGUUGGCGGAGUAGAU